AUGAGUAUUGAUAAGAGGAAUAAUGAAGAUGACAUUGAAGACAGACAAAAUAUGGUUGAAAAACAUCAUUGUAAUUCCAGUCAUAACUCGAAUGCUAUUGAUUCUUAUGAUGUCGACGAUGCUGAUGAACAAAAACAUUUUCAAAAAGUUGUUAAUGCGUUUCUUUAUUACAGAUCUUAUGCUCGAAAUCGUAUUCGUCGUUCAUUUCAUUAUUACGGUCAAUUAUCUGAUGCUCAUAAACAAUUACUACCAAAAUUUGAGUCUCACUUAGCGUUAAUAUUAAAACGAAUUGAUAAAAAUUACAAUGUACUAAAAAAUAUUUUACAAGGAUGUGAUCAUUUAUUUGAAAAUCAAAAUCGUUCAUUUGACCUGCCAUCAUCUACUGCCUCAAAUGAUGAAUUAAAUAUGUCCGACCAAGAUGAAGUAAAUCCACCGGCAGGUGUUUUAUCGAUGGACAUGGAUAAAAUUAAAACGACAUUAAAACAAUUUGUCAGAGACUGGACUGAAGAAGGUAAAGAAGAACGAAAUAGUUGUUAUCAACCAAUUAUUGAUGAAAUAGUAGCACGUUUACCAUUACAAAAAGAGCCAAAUGAAUUUUGUAACGAUGUUUCAUAUAUUCAAAUUCUUGUGCCUGGUGCUGGUUUGGGCCGAUUAUCUUGGGAAUUAGCUCGUCUAGGUUAUGCGUGUCAAGGAAAUGAAGUUAGUAUGUACAUGUUAAUUGCAUCUCACUAUGUUCUGAACAGAUGUCAACAAGUGAAUGCAACAACUAUUUAUCCAUGGGUACUUCAAUUUUGUAAUAAUUAUUCUAACGAAGAUCAGUUAAGAGCUGCACGUUUUCCUGAUGUUGAUACUUCAAGUUUACCACAAAAUGCUCGAUUUUCAAUGUCAGCAGGUGACUUCUUGCAUGUUUAUAAUGAACCAGGCCCAUUACUGUAUCAUUUUGAGGACAUGGUGGGAGAAAUGAGUAUUGAAAUUAGUUAUGUUGAUCUUCGAUCUGUUAUAUUAAAAUAUGGUUUUCAAAUUUUGACCGAAAAUUAUCCAAUUCGAACUGGUUACAUAAAAAAUGCACGAUCAAUGUUGCAUUAUGAAUAUGAUUGUGUAUUUUUUGUGGCAUAUAAACCUACCAAUUGA